ACUUGACCAACUCUACACAUACGUCAUCGAACAAUAUGGCGGCCCCCAUGGCUGUUAAAAAGCUCUGCAUGCUAAGACAAUUUUCACAGCUUUGUACGGCUCCCUGUCGUAGAUCAUUUACUUCACGUCUUAAGCUGUCAAAUGAGCAUAAAUCACCGAUCAGGCUGAUAUCCUCAGGGGUCACGCCUCAGUCUUCAGUGAGUGCUCCUUUAGAUGGCAUCGCUGAUAAGCAGAAUAAGUCAAUAGGAGAAGAAGCAACGGCUGAAGAAGAAGACAAUCAAGCGAUGACAGGGACAGCGAGAACUGCAGAGUACUCCGAAUUACAGCAAGCAGCCAGGGGCAUGCCAAUUUGCCACGAGAGAGCUCAGCAAGCUAUGCUGUUACUCCAGCAGCCUGAUCAGCCGCCGGACGCUCGCAUCCUGAAGGUAGCCAUCAUAGGCUCCCCCAAUGCGGGCAAAUCCACGCUCAUCAAUAGACUCAUGGGUCAAAGGGUCUGUUCUGUCUCCAGCAAAGUCCACACCACGCAGUUGAAUGCCCUUGCUGUUCUCACCAUGGAAAGUACACAGAUCGUCUUGCUGGACACACCGGGCAUGGUCAACUACAAACAUGGCAGAAAGCAUCACUUGGCCCGCUCCUUGUUGGUUGAUCCCAAGAACAGUCUACAUGAGGCAGAUCUUGCAUUGGUGUUAGUGGAUGCAUCCAAUAAGUGGACAAGGCAGAAGAUAUCCAACGAGAUUCUGAUGUCUCUGCACCUACAUCCCAAGGCGGUAUCCAUCCUGGUGCUGAAUAAGGUGGAUCUAAUCAACACCAAGAAAGAGCUGUUUGAGCUGACCGCCCAGUUGACGGAGGGCAUCAUCGAGGGGCGGACAUUUGCCCUGGAUGACCAAACAGCACAACACCUCGGCAAAGUGGACACUCGCCCCUUGCUUUCCCACAAGUAUAAACCCAGGCCAUUGGAAGAUGGAGAAACUGGGGUUUUGGUGGAAGAAAAAGAGAGAGGAGAGCCAGUGGACAGAGUUACCGUGGAUCAUGUCGAGAAAUCUGAUGAUGAAACUUCCACAGGUACCCACCAAGAUUGGAACAAUUUGUCUUGCGAAGAGCUUCAUGAAGUUGAAGCAUUUGAUGCUGAACACAGAGACUGUGAUGAAAGUGGUACAGAGGCUUCCCCGGAAAGUCACGUCAAUCUUGGAUUUAAUAAUUCAGAACUCCCUCCAACACUGAGAGAAUAUGUCAGGACCCUGGAGCACUUCUCAUCAAAGAGUGACGACUUUGAUAAAGGGACUCACCCGCCAGUUGAGACUGUGGAAGCAGACGAGGCCAAGAACACUGAGAGGGCCAAAUACAGGAAAUUGUUACAGGAAGUAGACAAGCGGAGUGGAUGGGAUGGAUUCGGAGCUGUGUUCAUGAUUUCGGCCUUGGAUGGAGAAGGUCUGGGAGAUUUGAAGGAAUACUUGCUGAGCAAGGCAUCGCCCGGCAACUGGGAGUAUCAUAGGAAUGUCGUCACCAACCUGUCACCAGACGAGAUCGUCCAGGAAGCUGUCCGGGAGAAGCUCUUGGAGUACCUCCCUCAAGAAGUGCCGUACAACAUCUCACAGAAAAAUGAGCUUUGGGCCACAGAGGAGAGUGGGAGAUUACGGAUUGUACAGAUGAUAAUCUGCCACAAGAAGUCACACGUGAAACUUUUAAAAAGAAACAUUGGCAAGAUAGCGCGGGAGGCUGAGCAGGACAUGAUGAGUGCCUUCCAGUGUGACGUUUACCUAUCCCUACGCAUCAUGCGCAGGUAGCCAACGCUGCUUACAAUGAGGCCACCUUAUCACUACUCUGGCUGGCAUAGGCAUACGUUCAGACCCACGACUAAGAUGGCUUUAAGUGCAGUUCUCUUGCUUUAAUAGCCAGCAAGGUUUUUAUUAAGUUGAUGGUAUGAUUUCUCAAAUGCCUGUAUUAAAAAAAGAAAGCCAGGGAGUUGUCACUAUGUAAAUUUAAUGCAUGUAGCCAAGCCCUUCAAACAACCCCUUGGAACAUUUUAAACUGAUUUUUGUCACAGAUUUUGCACAUCCUGCAUGCAAAAAAUUGGACAAUAUUUCACAAGGUGUAUUGACGUGAUGCUACUGCAACAGGUCAGUUGAAAGCACAGUUUCCUGGGAGUUGCAAAUAUCCCUGCAGGCGAGCUUGUCGACCUAUCUGGUCAUGGAGCCGUGUGCAAAAUGCUCUCGGCAAAUCGACACCGAAUUGCAAGAUUUGAUGCAUGUUGAGCUCAAUUUUAGUACAUGUAUUGUACAUGUACUAAAAUUGAGUAACCAAAACUUCAGUGCAUUUGAUGCCAAGACCGUCUCGCAUGCAAGUUGCUACAGGUGGCCCAAACUAGGAAGCCUUGGGCCAGUUCAGUUGAACCUCUUUAGCAAUCCUGAAGAAAAACCUUUUCUGAUGAAAAAAACUGAGCAAAGACAGAAAACCUGAGAGAAAAAGAUCCAAUCGCACCCCUGUACAUUUUCAAUGGCCUGCUCGUACUGCUUACCGCCAAGACCAUUGGUGCACAUGCGCGCAUAAUUAUGAAUUUAUUAGUAAAAAGGUCUGUUGAGACACUUUCGUCUAUUCUUGCACACCUUUCAUGAAAACUCCCUAUGAAGAAAACAAAUCACCGAAGACACAUUCCUGAGUUCUACAAGCACAAAAAGACAAUUUAUUAACACAGGAACACUGAGACCUUGUAUCUAAAAAACCUGUUUUUUAAAAACCAGUUUCCCUCAUAGUCUUCAAUUGAAGUGGAAAAGGCAUAUGCAGCCAACAAACGGAUUAGCCUAUUAUGAGGUAUGGUGGACACAAUAGGAGGGCGCUAUUUGGUUUGGGUCAAAUCCUUUGUGUUCAACUCCAAAUUUAACCACUUCAAAUAGCGCCCAAUCAUUGUGUCUGCCAUACUUCACAAAAAAAUCUCAGUAGUUACAGAGCCUUUUAAAAUGUAUUUUAGGAUGUGUAGCACUACAUGGAACAGUUUUU